AUGGCAGCUCGUCCGUUCAGCCCUCCCAUAGUGCUUCGUAACAUCGAUGCCUCACUCCCGCCGAACGCCCCACAGCUCAGAACCCCCCAUGAUGCUAUCGCAGUCUUUGUACAUGCCUGCAUGCUCUCCGUAGGCUUCCGUCUCGUUGGUCUCAGUGAAGAUGACCAUCUUGAACCUGCAAUCGAAGGUUCAAACCCACAGCCACUCCCCGAGACCUGGAAUGCCAGCCCCGGAAACUACGGCUUCCGCUACGCCCACGCCCAGUCGCCACUCAACUACCUGAUCAAAGUCAACCGUCUUGGCACCAAGACUAUCAUUAUGGGCCUUGGCCUCGGCGACGACAACGACAAGACAGCCACCUUCGACAUCAUCACCAAAGACUACCUCAAAGAUGACUUCUUCCCGUACACACUGCAGCCCACGCAGCCGCUCGAGAACGCCUUCGUCAGCGCAUCAAAGAUCUCUGACCUCGCCGCCCUCGUGAAAAUCCACAUCGUCCUGAACCUCGUCGGGAAGCACCAGGAAGAAGAGGAAAACGCCGCUGAAGCACGCCGGCAGCAGCAGCAGCAACCGCGCGACCAGCCAAGAGAGGGCUUUGACGAGUCGCCCUACAGGGCUGACCCAUUGCGGUACCCCCCGCGUCCGGCUAACCCGCCCAUUCCAGCCGGUGGCGAGAGGCCGCCGGGCUUCGACGACGAUUACGAGAUCCUGCAGCCGCCCCGCGGGGGCUACGGAAAUACCGGUGGACGCCAUCCGCUCUCUAUUGGUGCCGACGACCUGAACCCGCCUGGCCUAGGGUCAAACCCGCCGCUAAGAGGCCCGUUCUUCGGUGAAGGGCGCGGGGGUGGAUUCGGUGGUGGAAUGGGACCAAUGGGCGGGAUGCACCCGACGGGGGAUCACCCCAUGUUUGGUGGGCAGGGUGGCGAGGGAGUCCCGGACCCGAGGUUUCCGCCGGGAGCGAGAUAUGAUCCGGUUGGGCCGGGUGAUGCGCCUAUGGGUGGAUUGAGGGGCCCGAGAGGUCCUGGCCGAGGCGGGCCGCCUUUUGGUGGUGGAUUUGGUGGUGGAUUUGGUGGCGGGUAUGGUGGAUUUGGGGGCGGUAAUGACUUUUAA